GUGGAGCUGCGAGUCAGUUGAAGAACCAUGGCAAAGCACUGUGUGACUUAAACAAUUUGCUUGUGGUUUCGUAUUAACCAGUAAAAAAGAUUGAGGUUUUUGUCAAGUAAAACUAACUAACUACAUUAAGUUUCAAAGUACAUUAGCAUAGCCUUCACGACACAAAAUGGAGUUCGGCGAGAAACUAAAAGAGAUGAACAUGACAACCGAUGAAAUUAAAAGGUUUACCAACGCUUUCAAAGACCCUAAAUUCAAAGAAUUGCUACAAGAUUACGCCCAGGAAAUUUCAGACCCGAAGAUUAAGAUGAUAUAUGAGCAAGAAAUUAAAAAGUUGGAGCAUGAAAGGGGCAUUGACCUUAAUUUUAUUCACCCCAAGCCUUUUCGCGUCUUGAAGACGAGUGUGGACGGCAAACAGAAGUGCUUUAUCAACAUCUGCUCCAACGAGUGCAUUGGAAAACCAGAAUUUAAAGUCGGGAAGUCAAACGACGGCAUUCCAGGCCACCACUGGUCUCUGCCCCACAGCUUGACCCAAGGGCGAACUGACAGGGAUACCAAAGGAAACAAGUUCAUUAUAUAUGACGUUGUAUUCCACCCGGACACACUUCACAUUGCUGGGACAAACAAGACGUUCAUGGACAUGGUGGAUGGUAUUGCUGUUCAGGCCAUCCAGGACGGAUUCAAAGUUAAACUGGACAAAAAUAACACUAGAGUCCUUACGAUCAAGUACAAGGGGACACCUGUGGCUUCUGUCACCCGCAAAACUAUCCCUGGACACCCUGGUCGAGAGAAGCCAGCCCAGCCUGACCCUCUCGCUUUCCCCUACCCAGACGAGAGGCCAAACACAAAAGCACCUAAUCCUAAAGAGGGUCUCAAAGCUAAGGUGCAGCCCAGCCAGAGCCACCACAAAUCGAAUUCUGACCCUUCCAAGGGUUCCACCAAGCCCAACUACACCCUAAAGUACAUAGAGCAUAUUGACUUACAGGAUUUCAGGUUCUCAAGAGACUCUGCCCGCAGCCCCCGGCCCAAAGAAAUAGUCGUAAUGGUGGAGCUGCCCCUCCUCAGGUCAGUAGGGGAGCUGGAUCUGGACGUGACAGAGAAGACUGUCCUGCUGAACUCCAAGAAGCCAGCCUACAGCCUGAAAGUACCCCUGGCAUACCCUGUGGACUACGACAAAGGAGAAGCCAAGUUCAACAAGCUGACCCACCAGCUAACUAUCACCCUGCCUGUCCUGCCCCUGAAGCAGCCGACCAGCCAGCCAUUUCUCUCAGGGGCCUGCAGUGAGAAUGAGGAGGGGGAAGACAGCAACAAGGCAGUGUUGUCAGAGGGCACGUCGACAGCAUCUGGCCAAGGAGAUGAGUUGGCUCAGGACGACGCUUCCACAGCAAACAGCUCAGAGGGAGCAGCUGACUGUGGGACUGAUCCAGCACCAUCAGCCCAAGCUGGGAAACAGCCUGGUUCACCCCGGAGAAACAGGGAAGAGUCUGGCCAGCCAGGUGGCCUUGACCGGAGUCACAACCUGAGACACUGUGAGGAAGCAGGAGACCAGGCCGGAGACCAGGCCGGAGACCAGGCCGGAGACCAGGCCGGAGACCAGGCCGGAGACCAGGCCGGAGACCAGGCCGGAGACCAGGCCGGAGACCAGGUCGGAGACCAGGCCGGAGACCAGGCCGGAGACCAGGUCGGACACCAGGCCGGACACCAGGCCGCUGACUGCAACGACCCGACAAGGGAGGAGGAAGAGCAGGCUGGCAAUAUGCAUCUGAACAAGAGCGACUCUGAGCCCUCAUCCCUGAUCUCCAACAUGGUGUUUGAAUCAAACAAAACAUCUGCUGUGUCCACCAUUGCAUCCCAGCCUGACCUCCACCAGUCCCAUCACCAGGCCACUGACCAGCUGCAACACAGAGAGAAGAGAGAGGGGGACACAUGUCCUGAGGAGAAGAGUGGAACCCCAGCGUUAAACAGAAGUGGUGUAGAGGCCGAGAGAGCAGCUCUAUUCACUGAGACAGACGGGAAGCCAGCUCCAUCUACAGCCAAGGUGAAUAACAGCACCGUGCACUUCUGUGAGGACGUGUCUGUGAUCCCACAGAAGAUGUUGAAGGAAGAGGAAGGGGUGGAUGAAGAUGACCUGGCAUCACAGCAGACCUUUCCUCAGGACUGGAACAUGAAGCAGUUUGUACCUCCAGCUGUACUGAGGGAGACCAAUGAGGACGGACAGGAAGUUGUCAUUACCGAACAUGCUACUUCUGCCGGAUUCUCCUUUAAGAACACUCUUCUCUAUGACCUUGACUGAUUCUCCUGUUUAACUAUAACUUUGAUUUAAUGAUAUACUCAUAUAGCAGGGGUGUUCAAUCCUAGUCCUCAGCUUCCUCCUGUAUGUUUAUUGCUCCAACACACCUAAUUCAAAUGAAUGGUUGUUAUAAGGCUUCCACAGAGCUUGAUAACAACCCAUUCAUUUGAAACAGGUGUGCUGGAGCAGGGAAACUGCAUAAUAUACAGAACAGUGGACCAUGAGGACCAGGAUCAAACACCGCUGUCAUAUAGCAUAUGAUUUUCUAUUUAGUUCUGUUCUGAA